AGUGCUUAGUUAGUUUUCCAGAGUUUACCGUAAGUCUCAAACGGAUGUGUAACGAACGAUUAAACCGAAUGAAUUUCGCUAUUGCUUACGCCCCGUACUCCGCAGACGCCGAGAUGCAAAGCAAAACCGAAGCCAACCGUCCCGCCAGCAUCAUUCACUUAGGGCCAUGAUCUCAAACAUAAGGGUCAACAAUUGUUCACGACAAAAACCGUUCCUGUUUUUCAUGCUUCUUUUCCCCAUCCAAUCGAUUGAACGAACCACAAGUAACUUUGUUAACCACCACCACAGGCGGCGAGAUGAAUUGGAUUGGCAAAACUGCACGAUGAGAUGAGAUAAAGACUGGUUUAUAAGUUUCUGAUUAUCAACCUGUAUACCGUUGGCUCUUGGAGUGAAUCAAGGAAGAACAUAACGAAGCACAAUAGUCAGACAGCACAACCGCCCCCCCCCCCCCCCCCCCCAUUCCCGAAGAACCGAAACACUUGGACCAGGGGCUUUUCCAAAACAUUUCCGAAAGACAGCAUUUUAGGGUUUGGACGUAUAUCUGCCACGGGCGUAUCUACCAAGACACACAUUUUACAAGCAAGACGAACCAUGGAAUCUAUAACACAUUCGUUCUACAUUCAGAAUACAAUGCAUUUACUGUUUAGCAUAGUGAAUAUAAAUAGCAAUCACGAAGGAAACGGUCAAGCACACAUCCGUGCCAAAACGAAACUCGGAGCUCGGUGUCCACCGGACACCCGUCGAAGUAAUGUAGAAUAUUUAAAACAAAUAGAUAUUGAUAAAACCACCACCACCACCACUUCGAACAAGCAGCAUCACGAAACCCCGCAGUACUGGUGGUGAACUUUUCCAUCUUUUCUCUGGCAUCACCCAUCAUUACGAUUAGGAUUGACCGUAACCAGCACAGCCGAGAAUCAUGCAGUUGUUAGAAAUGGUAUCGUAAAAAAGCAGGAAUUGCAGACAUCACUAGCAGAAGAAGAACCAACAGCGGAGCGACAUUAGUAGUAAUAGCUGGCACGCGAGAUCCUUUUCCUGACGCAACGUUUAACGUUUGGCGCGGAAUAUUCUGAAAUCGCGUGUUUCACUCCUUUUGUUCCUGUGACUCCCAGUCCUCUUAGCGCCCUGUUUGAUAACGUCGGAUUCUUAGUACCCGGUAGUUAAGUAAAGAUAGCGAUAGGAACACGGAUUAUUAGUUUAGAGCUAACGUACAGCGCAAACAAAGAAGAUUGUCAGAGUGGAAAAGGGGAAGAUUCUUUUUUUUUUCUUUUGUUCUGCACUCUCUCGCCAUUUCCUGUACGAACGGCAAAUAGUCCAAUCAGCACGAUUCUCAAUUGGUUCUUAGGUUUAACUAAAGCGCCGUAACCAUUAGUAAACCCCUGCCUGUGCAUGUACACCGUAAUUCAGCAAUUUAAAGUUCCUUGCCAACAACCGACACCACUAGAACACGCGAUCGGCCGUUGCGACGAGCAACACGAGCAACGUGCGUCGCCGCCGCCGCGGUGAAUAGCGGUGAAGGCCGGUAGCAUCCUUCAUCAUUCCCGGGUUUACGCUCCGAAACAGUAUUAUAAGUGACGAUUGGAUUGAUGGUGGCUAGCUGGAUAGUGUGCCAGCGUAACAAGCAGAGUAGGUAGCGCACCAGGAGCCUCGCUCACCGGGGGGUACCAAGUAGCCAUUGAAUUCGAUCUGUAAAACCGUAGAUUCGCAUCACCACCGCCGGUAAUGACACCGGUGCCUGCUCGAAAAAGCAUGAUAAAAAGGUACAUGAUUAGUGAAAUUCAUUCGGACAAAUUAGGAAAAAUUUACCAACGAACUAAACAGAGAAAUCACAUUCGCGCGAUUCCCGUUCCUUCCGGCACUAUAUUAAGCAGACGUUGGAAAGCUGGAGAAAGAACGUUCCGGUUUGUAUGUAAACCGCCCCACACCACAAAUAGCGGUGGUGUUUCACUCGUUGCCGUACUACAACAGAAAAAUUAAGAACAAAUUAAAACCAAAUUUAAAAGAUAGACUAUAAGUUAACAAUCUAUGAAAUCUAGCGAGAGAUAAUAGCGAGUAAGUAAAGGAGAAUGGCAACGAAAAGAGGCGCGUAGUAGGCGCACCAUGUAUUGCUCGUCCGAUCAGCAGCACACUUUGAUUCGUCAUGCAGCGCCAUAAUGCCCCACAUGCAGAGCGGAAAGAAGAGAGAUUGUAGGGUUAGCAUGUUGGAAUACUCAAAUGCAGACGCAGUAUGGAACAAGAAAACACGGAUUGAUAAAUAGAUACCGCAUUUCUACUUUGAAAUACGUAGCUGUAGAAAGAAAACCUUAAAUACCCCUCCUCCUGCUGCUGCUGCUGUACGUAUCGUGUGUAAAUGGUGAAGUGAGGCGGGCGCGGCUGGAGAGAUUUUUUUAAUGGAUAAAAUGGACAAAAUGGAUAGACACGAACCAAGAACUGAACCGCUAUGGAGCCGGAUAAGAAUAAGGUAUUAAACCAAGAAGUACAGUGCAGGUCGCAGCAGCAAGCCGUGCCCUUUAAAUCGCAGACAACAAGCAAGCAAGGAACCGAACGGACGUGUACGGACGUUGUCACAAGGGGAGUCACGUCGCAAGCACAAACAGGACGUCUGCGCUAAGGCUACGUAGCGCGAGGACGGACAGCGUUCCUGCAAUUAGGAAGAAAUGAAUAAAUACAUGUAAUAUUUUAUGUGAAAAUUCAAACAAAAUCGAUAAUACAAACCACACCCACCCCCCUGGGUUACAGUGAAUUCCA